CUCCUUAAGAACUGUGGAAAGAGUUACAAUAAAUCCUCUUUCUUUUGUGCACUCGUAUCUUCAGUAGCUGACAGUGACAGGCGAAGAGCCUUCCACUUGUCAAAUCUGAAACCAUGGCCGAGGACAUGACUCUGCUGUGGGGCUCCGGCUCUCCUCCCUGCUGGAGGGUCAUGAUCGCUCUGGACGAGAAGAACCUGAAGGGCUACAACCAGAAACUGCUCUCCUUUGAGAAAAUGGAGCACAAGUCCCAAGAAGUGUUAGAUAUAAAUGCCAGGGGACAGCUUCCCUCUUUCAAACACGGGGACAUCAUCGUGAAUGAAUCCUACGCAGCCUGUUUUUACCUGGAGAGUCAGUUUAAGUCUCAGGGAAACAAGCUGAUCCCAGACAACCAGGCAGAGCAAGCACUGAUGUACCAACGCAUGUUCGAGGGUCUCACGUUCUACGAAAAACUCAACGCAGUUAUCUACUAUGACUGGUUUGUCCCUGAGGAAGAGAGGCAUGACUCAGCUAGAAAGAGAAACGGGGAAGCUCUGGCCACUGAGCUCAAGCUCUGGGAGGGCUACCUGCAGAAGCUGGGCUCAAACUCUCACCUGGCAGGACCGUCCUUUUCUUUGGCUGACGUGAUCGUUUUUCCUACUGUCGCUACUCUUUUCAGAUUUGGGUUGUCUGCUGAGCAUUACCCUAAACUGGGAGAGUAUUACGCUCUGCUGAAGGAGCGGCCCAGCAUCAAAGCCAGCUGGCCUCCUCACUGGCUGGAGAACCCCAAGGGUCAAGACACACUCAAAGAUAUCUGAGAACCACACGCAUGUUACAGUCACGUCUGGCUUUUGCUUUUGUUUAAUAAAUGAGUUUUAAGCUCACAGUUUGUCAAAUAUGAUGCAGCUCUUUAAUUUCUCUGAUUUAUGAAAAGGAAAGCAAGUGUUGAUUACUAGUGUGCUCUCAAUAUAUCAGUCAUACAAGGGCAAAAAUGUGCAUCUUAUUUUUUAAUUUGUCAAACUAGCUUUUAGUUUCAGGUUAAAGGUAUUUUCAGUGAUGUUUCUGCCAAAUCUGUGACAAAAAAUCCAUUAAUAAACAGGGAUAGGUUGCAGGGUAACAGGUAAAUGUCAUAUUGUGAUAUUGUUAACAUAGCAGAUUUUGUUGCCAAGAUACAUGGCAUGUGUCUAACAUCAAUGUUGUUGACUAAUCACUAUACUCACUAUCACUAUAACAGCAGUCUGUUUUGGCUUUCCUAUGAUGUCAGUUGUUUUCGUUUAAUAGCUUCCAACCUCUCUCUUGUUCUAAGUAACCACCGCUGCAGUCAACGUGUCUUGUAGGCUUUACACACUAACUGCAUCCUACACCAGUGUACUGCCUCUACAAUUGUACUGUAGCAUUGCAAAUAAAACCAUGUCACUGCCAGAGA